UUCUCACCUUCUGGGAGUUUGCUGGAAUGAUUAAGUCUGAAAAAAGGAAUAAGUGACAAUAUCCUAGAAAAGACAGAUAUGACACAAGUGUCGGUAAAAUGUUAGAGAAAACAGUAAGAUAUGAUAUGUGGUCUUACCAAAAUCAAAAACCACUUUUUUCUGCUUAAUCCCUGAGGUGUUGCUCUUCCAAUUCCAAUGAGUCUGGAUGGACAUGGCCAACGACACCACCCCAGAUGGCUUUAUCCUUCUGGGCUUCUCAGAUAACCCCAGGCUGGAAAUUAUUCUCUUUGUGGUUGUAUCCAUCUUUUACAUGGUCACCCUAGUGGGCAACAUCACCAUCAUAGUUUUGUCCCAUCUUGACUCUCACCUCCACACUCCCAUGUACUUCCUCCUCACCCAGCUCUCCUUCCUAGACCUUUGCUUCACCACCAGCUGCAUUCCUCAGAUGCUGGUCAACCUCUGGGGCCCAGACAAGACCAUCAGCUACCUGGGAUGUGCAGCUCAACUCUACAUCUUCCUGGGAUUGGGUACUGCUGAGUGUGUCCUGCUGUUGGUCAUGGCUUUUGACCGCUACAUAGCAGUGUGUCGGCCCCUGCACUAUGUGGUCAUUAUGCACCCAAAGUUGUGUCAGAAGCUGGCACUCCUGGUCUGGACGAGUGGGAUUUUUGGCUCCUUGGUACAUUCCCCCACCACAAUGAAGCUGCCCUUCUGCCAUCACCACCAAGUGGAUGACUUUGUGUGUGAAGUUCCUGCAUUGAUCCGCUUGGCCUGUGGAGACACACGCAUCAAUGAACUUCAGACAUCAGUGAUUGGGGCAAUCUUCCUGAUGGUGCCGCUACUGCUCAUCCUAGUCUCCUACAGCCACAUUGCCUGGGCAGUGCUGGCCAUCCAGUCCCAAGAGGGGAGGAGCAAGGCCUUCCGCACAUGCUCUUCUCACCUGGUGGUUGUCUUCCUGUUCUACUGUAGUGUCACCGCAGCCUACAUCCAGCCCCGAAGUCAUUUUUCCCAGAAAAGAGGUAAAUUCCUGAGUCUUUUCUAUACUGUGGUGACCCCCACUCUCAACCCCCUCAUCUACACCUUGAGGAACAGGGAUGUGAAGGGGGCUCUCAAGAGGCUAUUUGGGAAAAACAAAAUGGCUAGGGAGGACUGAAGAACUCAAAUUUAAGGGUACGGUCAGUUUUUGUUCAGUUCAGAGCCUAUGGUACUUAGGUUUGGGUGACUCUCAACUAUCAAUACUAAUACAAGGGGUCAAUAAUGUGCUUUUCAGACAGUGAGACAAUCAAAAGAACAUUUUGGUGCACCAUGUAGAGUUAAUUUUGAAUUUAAAUAUAGGUGCAACUUUGUUCCAGUCAGGGUACACUCAGGAAAUAGAAACCACUCCAGUUAUUUUUAAAUAAUUUAUUAUCAUAAACUGUUAGCUAGAUAUUGAAGAAGAAAAAAAGAAAUAAGCAGACCACUGCAGGUGGAGGAGCAGAAGAAAAAUACUGGAAUUUUUAGAACUUAUGUAUCAUAGGAGCAGUCCAGGGAGGAGAAACACUUAGGCUUCUAAUUUCUAAUGAGGGACCAACAGCUGGC